UUCAUUGGCUAAUGUACUUGCAAGACUGUUCAUCCUGAGGAGAUAAAGCAGUAUAUGAGAAUGUGUAUAUAGUUUGAAAUAGGGAAGCUGUUAGUACAGAAUGAGAGUGACACAGCUGAGUGAUUGCAUUUAUUUAAAUAUAUGCUGUUUCUGAAGGCACCAUAUAGGUAUGUGUGUCAUCAAAGACGGAUGGCACUCCCUGUGAGAGGGGUGUGACAGUUGUCUGACCUCACUUUGAUGGCCAUGUGACACACUUUUUCAGAUGUUAGGGAACUACACAAGCAGAACUUUUGAUGUUUCAGACUUCCUUUACUCACUGUCCCUGAGAGAGUGCAAUGCAUUGUUCAUAUUGUUUUCCCCCAUAGUUUUGCAUCCUCAUUCUUCAAGAUUAACAAAAGACUUUUUUGAAGUAUGAUUGCAGAUCUGCAGAAAAGUUGGGUUCUAAAGGCAUUGCAUUUUUUUAACUUACUGCAUCAUUUUAAAAAUUCAACUGUUUUAAGACUGUACAGCUGAAAGGUGGAACUGCUGAGUAUUUUUGCCCUAAAAAUAUUCACAACAGUCAUAAUUCUGAGGCUUCCGUAUUGUGUUGCAGAACAAACAAACAAACAGGAGUAAAUAAACAAAAUUUAAUUUCACUUUACAACAAGACCGGGAAAAACAAUUCACCAGAAGAGAGGUAUUUUGAAGCACCAGUGAAUAAAUAGUCAUCUGAGGAUUGCCUACACAACAGGGGUGAACAUUAAGUCAGAGUUUUCCAAGUAUCAGUCAUCGCUUACCAUGGAGCAGUAUAGGCGGCAGACUUUACCAAAUAUCCCAGAGCUGGAGCGGUUUGCAAUGGAAGAGGAUGAUGCUUUUCUACCCUGCUCUCCUACAUUCUCCCCCACUGAUUCACAGAACUCGGAGCAUUGUCCCCCAAAGAUGCCGGUUUCGUCCAGGUUUAGUUUUGGAAAUACCUCUUCACGUAACUCUCAGACUUUUUUAAGAAAGUUGAAAGUGAACAGGAGCAUUCAGGAAUGUCAGAAACGGAGGGCCUAUUCCCAAAUGAGUUUUGAUGUUGAAAAUGGCCCCUCACCAGGUCGUAGUCCAAUUGACUCGCAGGCGAGUCCAGGCUUGGUUUUGCACCCUAGCUUCCCCCAGAGUCAGCGUCGGGAGUCCUUCCUGUAUCGCUCAGAUAGUGACUAUGACAUGUCUCCAAAGGCUAUGUCACGAAACUCCUCGGUCACCAGUGAAAUACAUACAGAAGACCUGAUAGUAACCCCUUUUGCUCAGGUUCUGGCAAGUUUGCGCAGUGUAAGGAGUAACUUUUCUAUCCUAGCCAAUGUGCAGACUCCGACUAACAAGAGGUCCCCACUGGGCAGCCAGCCGACUGUAUGCAAGGCUACAUUGUCAGAGGAAACGUACCAGCAACUGGCCAAAGAAACUCUGGAGGAACUGGAUUGGUGCUUAGAUCAGCUGGAAACCAUCCAGACUUACCGCUCUGUCAGUGAAAUGGCCUCCAACAAGUUCAAACGAAUGUUGAACCGUGAGCUGACCCAUCUCUCUGAAAUGAGCCGCUCUGGAAACCAGGUCUCAGAAUACAUCUCUAGCACGUUUUUAGACAAACAAAAUGACGUUGACAUCCCUUCCCCUACACAAAAGGAGCGUGAGAAGAAGAAGCAGCGGCAACCCAUGUGCCAGAUCAGCGGUGUCAAGAAACUGAUGCACAGCUCCAGCCUAACGAACUCCAGCAUCCCCCGCUUUGGGGUCAAAACAGACCAGGAAGAAUCACUCUCAAAGGAACUAGACAGUUUGAACAAGUGGGGUCUUAAUAUUUUCCGAGUGGCGGAAUAUUCCAGUAAUCGACCACUAAGCUGUAUAAUGUACACAAUUUUCCAGGAGAGAGACCUGCUGAAAACAUUUAAGAUCCCUGUAGAUACCUUUAUAACGUACAUAAUGACGCUAGAAGACCACUACCAUGCAGAUGUAGCGUACCAUAACAGUGUCCAUGCUGCGGAUGUCACUCAAUCAACGCACGUGCUGCUCUCCACACCUGCACUGGAUGCUGUGUUUACCGACCUCGAAAUUCUGGCUGCAUUAUUCGCAGCUGCCAUUCAUGAUGUCGACCAUCCAGGGGUGUCUAACCAGUUCCUGAUCAACACAAAUUCGGAGUUAGCUCUGAUGUACAACGAUGAAUCUGUGUUGGAAAACCACCAUCUGGCAGUGGGAUUCAAACUCUUACAGGAGGAGAACUGUGACAUUUUCCAAAACCUCAUAAAACGCCAGAGGCAAACGCUCAGGAAAAUGGUCAUUGAUAUGGUUCUUGCUACAGACAUGUCUAAGCAUAUGAGCCUGUUAGCAGACUUGAAGACCAUGGUAGAGACCAAGAAAGUAACAAGUUCAGGUGUUCUGCUACUCGACAACUACACUGACAGGAUACAGGUCCUUCGGAAUAUGGUACACUGCGCAGAUCUGAGUGGCCCUACAAAGCCCCUGGAACUCUACCGACAGUGGACAGACAGGAUUAUGGAAGAGUUUUUCAGACAGGGUGACAAAGAACGUGAGAGAGGAAUGGAAAUUAGUCCAAUGUGUGAUAAACACACAGCCUCCGUGGAAAAAUCACAGGUGGGGUUUAUUGACUACAUUGUCCAUCCACUAUGGGAGACAUGGUCAGACUUAGUGCAUCCUGAUGCACAAGAAAUUCUGGACACACUAGAAGACAAUAGAGACUGGUACCAGGGUAUGAUCCCGCAGAGUCCGUCACCACCACCGGAUGACCCGGACAAAGAUGAGGAUGCCUGUAUUGAGAAAUUUCAGUUUGAACUGACGUUAGAGGAGGAGGGGGAGAACUCAGACCAGUCUGAGAAAGAAAGAAACAGCACUGGGGGGGAUGAGGAAGAGGAUGACGAGGACGAAGAGGAAGUGCAGAACUGUUACAACAGCAGAGAAGAAACAGAUUUAUGUACGCAAGGUGAGCCUGCAAAUACGCAGGUAUGGGAGGGGGAGGAGGUGGACUUGGGACAGGAACAGCAAAAUGGACUUGAGCAAACAGACGAUGUGCCCGAAGAUGUUUUGCCUGUGGAAUCAUGAACAUUGGACACUCACAGAAAAGAGGUUUUACAUUAUGAACAAAGCUUCAUUUUUUUAACUCUUAAAGGGAACAAACACAGCAACUGUAGAACCAGUCCUGUGUGGAACAUAGGAGCCUCUGGCCAUUAGGAAGUUGUAGCACUCUGGAACAUUCUUUUAUUGAUGGUCUUGUUAAAAUCAGAAGCCGUUCCUGGGGGAUAUUAAGCCAUCUUAAACCUGCAGGAUAUUACAAACAUUGUGUGAAGGUGUACUCUGCACUGUGGCAACAAGCUGGGUCUCUAAAGGGCCCAGUUUGAACCACUUUUCCUACCAUCUGCAGUUUUGCUUUAAAGGAGUACUUUCAUUCUUGCCCCCCUGAGUGUUAUAGCAAAAUGGCUGUGUGCCUUUUCUUGUGCCCCCCCACCACCACUGGAAGAAAGGUGUUGUAGAAGGUGUCAAGCAAUGAUUUUUUUUAACUACUGUUAAUAAUUAAUUCAUUGUUUGCUUUAUUUUGGGGGUUCUCCAAAGAGCCACAUUAAGCCACACAUCUUAAACGUAAAAGAUUAUUUAAAACACUAGCAGCUUAAACAGUGAGUCUUCCUUCUGUAUUUCAUUUUGCACAAAAUGGCAAUACAUACUGAAUGGUAUGAGUCUACAUUCAUUGAUUUUAAUGAAAAAAUGCAAGUGUCAUUUUUUUUAUAUUAUAUUAUAUAAUAUUAUAUAUAAAUAUAUUAUUGCUGCAAAGUCUGGAAAAGGGGAAAGAUUUUUAAGCAGUCGGUUCAUUUUUGCCAAGCAACUAUGUAAUUUUAUGUCUAUAAGCUACGCCAUAACAUAGUUCAUUGGCAAACGGACCAUGUUGGUUAUCUUGAAGCACUUUUUACAAUGUUUUGUCAUUCAUGUUUCUGUUCGUAUGAUUUUUCAAUGUCAUGAGAAGAAAUAAAGGCGUGGCAAAAAUUA